UCUUUGACAGUUUGAGUGAGAUUGUAUUGCGUUUACUUCGUUACAGGAUUUCAAUAUAAAAUAGUAAUUUAACUGAAAACUAGUUUCAACACAUGUGAAAAAUGGGGAAGAAAAAUAAGGACUCGUUAGGUCGCGCCCUCAUCAAAGACAGAUUUUCUAAGAAUCGACACAAGAAACAUGUUGAAGACACAAUGCUCCACACGACAGAGAUCAACGAUGGCUACGACUGGGGUCGGCUGAACCUGCAGUCCGUAACAGCAGAGUCCUCCUUGCAAGAGUUCUUGUCUACUGCAGAGCUUGCUCAGAGAGAGUUCACGGCAGAAAAAAUGAACUUGAGAUAUGUGAAAUCGGUGCCGAGUGAAGUGGAGGCGGCUACGUCACAGCCCAACUUUGAUGAGCCGCUCACAGUGCCUAGAAGACCAGCUUGGAGUCCAGGCAUCACUGCAGAGGAGCAAAUCAAUCGUGAAAGGGAAUCUUUCCUGGAUUGGCGUCGGCACCUCAAUGACUUACAAGCAAAACUUGGAGCCGCUCUAACGCCUUACGAACGUAACUUGGAGCUAUGGAAGCAACUCUGGAGAACCCUGGAAAAAGCAGAUGUUGUGCUCAUACUACUGGAUGCCAGGAACCCUCUGCUCUUCAGGUGUGCCGACCUGGAGAAAUAUGCAAAAGAACAGAAAUGCAAAUGUAUCUUGCUCCUCAACAAGGCUGAUUUGACCACAGAGUACGAAAGGAAAGCGUGGGCAGAGUACUUCGCUAAAGAGAAUGUUCCUAUAAUAUUUUUCUCCGCCGCAAAAGAAACAAAUAAAGAGCGAAAAAUCUCCGAAGAGAGCGAAUCAGAGAACCCCCCUACAGACUCAGACACAGAAACCGCCGAUUCAGAAGACGAAAAAGAAGCCUUAAAAUCUACGGAGGAAGAUAUAGAAUUGUUCAAAAAGCAGAUUAUAGAUCUCGAUACUGCUGUGUCAAGUACCGCCGAUAGACUGAGCAAGAUUCAAGACAAUUUAGACAUGGUUCUAGAGAAUUUGAGGUUAGGGAAGCCGAUAGAACCUUUGCAAAGCGAAGAAACUACAGAGAAGGGAGUGGAGAAUUCGUAUGAAGUUUUUGAUAGAGAUAGAUUAGUGGAGGUAUUGAAGAAGCAAGAAUUGGGGCAUUUGAAGAACCCGCCUAGGAUCACAGUUGGCAUGAUUGGGUAUCCCAACGUGGGGAAAUCUAGUACAGUCAAUGUGCUGAUGCAGACUAAGAAGGUGAGCGUAAGCUCAAUGCCCGGCCAUACGCGACACAUCCAGAGCUUGGUGCUGGACGCAAACCUGCAACUGCUGGACUGUCCCGGUCUGGUGCUUCCUGCGUACGCCGUCGCUCCAGACUUGUUGCUGACUGCUGUCUUACCCAUAGACCAGAUGCGGUCUCACGACGCAGCAAUGGCGCGACUCUGCCAACUUGUUGGCAAACAUGUGUUCGAACAGAAAUAUGGACUUUUACUGCCACAAGACGACGGCGAGUUUAACUACAAACAGAUACUUACCGCGCACGCCUUCAACCGCGGCUUCAUGACGGCCGCGGGUCAGCCCGACCAGUCCCGCUCCGCUCGCCUCCUGCUCAAGGACGCCGCCGCCGGCCGCCUGCGCUGGGCCUCCCUCCCACCAGGCGCCGCGCCCGCGCCCGUGGAAGAGCUGCUGAAGGACUCCAAGAGGAAACCCACGCCCAGGGAAACCAGGGCUGUUGAGGGUUGGGUAAGCAAAUCCGCUGAAAUGGACAAGGCGUUUUUCGCGACGAACAAAACUUCGGCGCAUGUCAAAGGAAAACCUAUUAUGGGCAUUGUCGGAGCGCAGUCAGCGGAGCAAAUGAUGAGCAAACCCUGGAAGUUCGAGAAAAAGCACGCCAAUAAGAACAAGAGGGAGAAACUUAGACGUGUUUAUGCGCAUCUUGACGAACAUUAGAGGGAGAAGGCAUUAGUCGUAACGUAUCGAUGUUUAUCAUUUAUUUAGUUAGUUUAUAACUAAUACUUAGUCAAUUUUUUGUUGCAUUAACAAUUGUCAGCAAUAAUGAAACUUAUUGUUAAUACACUAUGAUUGUAAUUUCCAAAACCAAUUAUCAGGCGUAUGAUGGUCGGAGUUAUCCUCGUGAUAAAGCAACCAUCACUAUUUAACACUACACUAUUGAAAGAGACAAACUGUCUCUAUCAAGCUGUCACGUAGAUAACUGUGACUAUCAUUCUGGUAUGUUUAGUGAUGUGCAAGUUGCGGAAACUUUCAAAAAAAUCUUAAAUUUCUUGAAAAAUUCACGAAACUUUCACGAAAAAGGGAAUUUAAAUUUAUGAAAUGGAAAGUUUCCAUCCAUACAAUUGUUCAUACAAAGUAUGGAAAGUUUCCGAAGUUUUCCUAUGUGAAAAUUUCAGAAUUUUGGAAACUUUCCGUCGGCACAUCAAUAGGUAUGUUGUAGGAUUUGAACUAUAAUUUAAGUUAGUUCAGUGGUAUACUAUAUUCAUUUCUGACUAUGCAACUAUUUUUGUUAACUACGACUAGGAAUAAGAAGUGGUAUUUCGUUUACUUAGACUUAAUUGACAUAGUCAUGAAGCUCUAUAUUUAUAACAUACAGCCACAUCAUUUCUGUGGUCAUGAAAGCUUUUAAAAAAUAAAUGUUGUAAACAUUA